AUGUCUCAAUCUUGGACAUCAUCAAAAAAAGAAGAGCCCAUAAGGAGCAGGUCACAUUCUCCACAUAAAGAGUGUUCUAUUGUCAAGACAAGAGCAAUUGUCAUAGAUACUGGUACAGGGACAUGUAAGGCUGGUUUUGCAGGUCAGCAGACCCCCCAGGUAGUUAUUGGGGCAUUAGUUGGACAGCCCAUAGAAAAAUUCAUGAAGAUUGGAAGUGAUAUACCAGACACAUUCAUUGGAGAGCAAGCUCGAUUGGAACCUGAUAUUGAUAUAAUUUUUCCAUUAAGGCAUGGCAUAAUCACAGACUGGGAAGCAGCAGAAACAUUGUGGUGGCACAUUUUCCAGCAUGAACUCAAGAUUGCUCCAGAAGACCAUGCACUUUUAAUGUCUGAUCCUCCUCUUUCACCAACUACAAACCGAGAGAAAUUGGUGGAGGUUGUUUUUGAGUCCCUCAAUUUCCCCAAAGUGUACGUGGCAUAUCAGUCGGUACUGUCAGUGUAUGCUCAUGGAAAAAUUAGUGGGUUGGUAGUAGAUACAGGCCAUGCUGUGACACAUACUGUACCAGUCUAUCAAGGGUACAAUUUGCCACAUGCCACCGAAAAGAUGGAUAUUGCUGGUGCCAAUGUGACAUCUUUUUUGAUGGAUCUCCUCAAAGACAUGGGGCACUGCUUAGAUGAAAAAAUGCUGGAUGUGAUUGAAGAUAUCAAACAAAAAUGCUGUUAUGUUGCAGUUGAUUUUGAGACUGAGUGGAACUGUCCAGAGGAAGACAAUACAGUGCAAUACCAAUUGCCAGAUGGCCAAAUAAUUACUUUGGGGAAGGAGAGAUUCCAAUGCCCUGAGAUGUUGUUCAAUCCACCACAAAUGCCUGGGCUUGCUCUUCUAGGCAUCCCUGGCAUGGCCCAAAAAAGCUUAAUGAAUGUUCCUGAGCAAAUCAGGAAAGAAAUGUAUAAAAAUAUAAUGUUAUGUGGAGGGUCAUCACUUUUUGAAGGAUUUGAAAGGAGAUUUACUCAGGAUAUCAUGACUGAUUUGGAGACUAGCACAAAAAUCAAAGUUACAGCUGUUCCACUCAGGCACUAUUCUGUCUGGACAGGAGGUUCAGUUCUUGCUUCCUUGAAAAACUUCCAAUCAUGCUGGAUCACAAAGGAACAAUACCAAGAGUAUGGACCAUAUAUUGUGCACAGGAAGUGCUACUGA